AAAUGGCACAAGAACAAUGAGAAUGUAAUCUGCAAGAGCAUCGGCUGUGGGACAUCCAAUGGCUCCAAAGAUAUCAUAUUGAAAAAGGAUAAUCUUACCACAUGGAUGAACGAGUUGGAAUGCAAUGGAAAUGAGCCGUAUCUAUGGAAAUGCAGUUUUCCAGGGUGGAACAUAAGUUCCUAUACCAAGGAUACAGUAAAAAAAAUCACAUGUUCGGGUAAGUGUACUUUUAAGUUAUUUACAUGUUCUGUUGUGUAUUGGUAAUUCUAUCAGGUUGGAUAUUUUACUACAUGUUAAUUGCUGGCUAACACUGACACCUCAAUAUUUUAUUUGUCACAACAGCCAAUGCCGAUAUGGUAUACCCAAUGCCGAUAUUUAAAAAGUCAUGUUACUAACUUUGAUAUUUAGCAAAAAUACUUUUUACAUCAUCUGAUUGUCAACUCAAAUAUUGAAAAAUAUGGAUUUUAUUUUGUGUUGUAUUUGCAUUAUUUGUCCGUAAGUUAAAAACAAAAUGAAGCAUUUGAAUUACAUUUUGAGCCUCACAAGUUUUUUUAAAAUUGUUUAUUAUCGUCAGAUAAGAUUCAUCUUGCGCUUGAGAGUUUGCCUGGGUUUAGAUGUGCUGGAACUCUCAGAUACCAAAAAAUCUCAAAGGUCAACGAAACGGGCUACUUUUGUGAUCCGAAAUGGGGUAAGAGCUACAUCUUUACUACUUGUCACUUGUUAACUUGAUCUCUGAUGUUAACAAUAAAUACCCUACUUUUUAGUUUUACCAUUCGCAUGGGGUGGAAUGUUAAUUAAUCAUGUUAGGCUAAUGAUUUUGUGUUAUUAUAAAUUACGAUUUAACAAAUAGGCUACUUUACAAUAUGGGACCCAUGUAAUUUUUUGUUAAUAUAAAGUCUAAUUAGACUUUAUAUCAUUUGAUAACAAUUAUAUUUCAUUAGAACGUACUGUAUAUGCUUAGUUAGGUGCAAGCAAUCACCAUCCACAUUUUCUUUUAGGUAGUGAAUAGCAAAACUAGAAAUGUGUCAAUUAUCCAAGUAGUUUCAUUUGAAGAUAUUUCUUCUCCUUUAUUUAUACAAUGUAUUUCAAGAAGUAUGGCUAGACUGUACAAGCGGUGAAAACAAUCCUUUUGUGAUGGUUGUAACAUAGGUAAAAUUGUAUUUAAUCUUCUUGGGGUUGGGGGCACCCUGGAGUUCGGACACCCCCCCUCCCAGAUAGCAUAUGAACACAUCAUAAGCAAUGGCAAAAUGUAUAGAAUUGCAGGAAAUCAGCUUCGGGCACAAAAAUUGGUCCAAAUCCUCCUUCUUCUCAAUUUUCAAACAGAAAUGGGGUGUGCCUUUGGUGGUUCAUCAAUGUGUCAUUCUGGUCAUGCACGCCGCAACCAACAUAGCUAGUUCAUUAGCUAAGCUAGCCACUUGUAGCUAGCCAGUAACUCCUCCAGUAUGUGUUGACUUCAUUUCACAGGAUUUGUUUGGAAUGGUGUGGCUGUAUACCGGUCAUUAAAAAUAUUAAUGCGAGUUGGCCAGCUCAUCCUCUAUGAGGAAAUAGCAAGCAUUUUUUUUUUUUUUGGGGGGGGGGGGGGGGCUUUCUCCAAUUUAUGAUUUGGCCACAAAUAUGAGUAUAGGAGUCCACAACAUUAUUUGGGUAUGAGUUAAAAGAAUAUUAACUUUUUGAAAUGAGAUUUUCACUGGUCAGUUACUUUAAAACGGCAUCAUUUUAACUCAGCCUCAUGGCAAUAUGUGUAUGUACAGGAGCAGGAAAUUAGCUUUAAAAACUGCAAAAAUAUUCUCUCAUCCUCAUUCGAAAAUGUGAAGAAUAGCAUAAGAAUAGCAUCAUGAAACUGCACAUUUUCCUAUCCAUUUAUCCUGUGUUUUCAAAAUAUACACCUCAAAAUACCCCUCCAUGAACCCCUCAAAAGUACCCCUCCAUGUAACCCUCAAAAUACCCAUCCAUAUACCCCUCAAAAUAUCCCUCCAUGUACCCCUCAAAAUACCCUCAAGAGAGUCAUUGUAAGUCAUUUCAAACUGUGUAGAGUUGCAGAAAAUGCUUUUAAAUUGUCAAAACAAAUUCCGGGGAGAUACCCGGGACCCCCGUCCACUGUUCAUCUCCCCCAAUAUCUACACCACGUUUUCGCCCUUGGGUCAUAACACAUGUCUGUUCUUUACCUCUGGUUCAGAUAAACGGCAGGCUGACCUUGUGUGUGAACAUCUCAAAUGUGGCAAAUCUAAGCGUCUCCCAGCAGCCGGAAUGUUCUCACAAAAGGCAAAAACUGGCGACCUCAAACAUUUGCAGUGCAGCAGCGAUGAGCAUAUGAAACAUAUCUGGCAAUGUCUAACCAAGGAUGUAGAGAUGUGUACAGAACGUAUCGCCGUGAUUUGCUCAGGCAAGUAUUUCACAUUCACCUCACCACAUUCACUGGUAACAGUCAUUGAUCUUACAAUCACUAUUUUAUGCUGUAAUCACAAUUGUUUCAUAUAACUCUCACGCUGUAUGUGUGAUGCAUUAAGGUGCUUUAGUGGCUAACUGUUUGCAGAUUUCACCCUUCACUUUUGGGGUUACAUUUUACAUUUACAUUUUAGUCAUUUAGCAGAUGCUCUUAUCCAGAGCGACUUACAUUAUUGAGUGCAUACAUUAUUUAUUUAUUUAUUUAUUUUUAUUUAUUUUUUAUUUAUUUUUUAUUUUAUUUUUAAGUAGUAGAUUGCUAAUUAGCAAAAAUGCUAAAGUUGUCUGUGAUGAGAUUCAAACUCACAACCAUUGGGUUGCUAGAUGUUCACGUUAUACGCCUUCCCAUCCACCCUGACCAACCACCCUACUUUCAUUUUUGUGUUAAGUAGCCAUCUGUCUUAUACCAAAUGUAACCUACCAUACUAAUUUGUGUAUUCCGGAUUUACUUUUACUAUGUUACGUCUAGUCUAUGAGACCAGGCUGAGUGGAACUGUAUAUACAGUUAGUGGAGGUCUUGGUGGAACUGUAUGUUAUUGGUGGCCCUGCUCUGCUGCUGCCUAUCAGCACACAGCACCAUCAGUGAACAUAAGAUGAAGAUACAGGUAACGGCCAAAGUAAAGGAAACCCUUGAGUAAAUGAGGGAUACAAAGUAUAUUGAAAGCAGGUGCUUCCACACAGUUGUGGUUCCUGAGUUAAUUAAGCAAUUAACCUCCCAUAAUGAUUAGGGUCAUGGAUAAAACCAUGGCUAUGCCCCCCAUAGGAUGACAAUGCCCCCAUCCACAGGGCACGAGUGGUUUGAUGAGCAUGAAAACAAUGUAAACCAUAUGCCAUGGCUGUUCUGGAGCGGCGCCUGAGACAGCGUUUUCCACCACCAUCAUCAAAACACCACAUGAUGGAAUUUCUCAUGGAAGAGUGGUGUCGCAGCACUCCAAUAGAGUUACAGACACUUGUAGAAUCUAUGCCAAGGUGCAUUGAAGCUGUUCUGGCUCGUGGAGGCCCAACGCCCUGUUAAGACACUUUAUGUUGGUGUUUUCUUGUUUUGGGCAGUUACCUCUAUCUUAUCACACAAUACUGCUGACCACACCUAUACAAGGGGUGCCAAUUUGACACUGUGGAAAUGUGUUAAGGUUCUAGAUGGCAUCCAAGAUGUUGCUGUGAAUAUUUUCUUGUAAGGCGCAUAUUUUAAGAUUAAAUAGGGGGUGCUUAUAUUUGUCCUGUUUCAGUGCAUGUACAAGUGGGUAACCUGUACGAUUGUGAGGUGUGAAAUGGAAAUGUGUUUUUUGCAUAUCCCAACUCCCCCUGAGACAGCCAAGGAGAGUGGGGUUGCAGCCAGGGAUCAGCCAUUAUUGACGGCGACCCGCAAGGAGCAAUUAGUGUGACAUAUCCAAUACGAAUGUAUUGGACAUUUGAACCGGUGGUGGGUGACCAACUGCCCUAUCAUGUCCAACUGUUAGGUCAGUCCUGGACCAUCAGAACACAUAGUUUAAGAUGUGCAUGCAUCUAUCCACUGGCUUCCAGUCGAAGCUCGCAUCCACUCCAAGACCAUGGUGCUUGCCUAUGGAGCAGCAAGGGGAUCUGCCCCUCCCUACCUUCAGGCUAUGCUCAAACCUUACACCCCAACCCGAGCACUCCGUUCUGCCACCUCUGGUCUCUUGGCCCUCCCAUCUUCCGAAAGCACCUGAAACCCUACCUCUUCAAAGAGUAUCUUAAAUAAUCUGCCUCCUCACCUCGACCCACCCCCCACAUUUAAAAAUAAUAAUAAUAAUAAACGUAAUAAUAAUUCUGAACCAACACUUGCACUUGACCCCCCCCCCCCCCCCCCCCCCCCACCCUCCUCAUUUCUAGCUCUGACUUUGCUGAUAACUACUUUAUUGAGGAAAAGUGUACUUACUAUGAUUGUGAUGUGUGGUUGUCUCACCUAGGUAUCUUAAGAUGAAUGCACUAACUGUAAGUCACUCUGGAUAAGAGCAUCUGCUAAAUGACUCAAAUGUCAAUGUAUAUGUAUCAAAGUUCCGUUUUUGGUAUCUGCCUGUGCACUAUGAUUACCUUCUGAUAUUACUAAUUUAACAACAUAUACUGUCUAUGUCAACUCAUUUUAUAAAAGUGGAACAUUUACUGUUACCUUUGAGGUGAAAUUACAAAAACGUAUGAUUUAUGUCAAACAGAUCAUCACAACUUUCGUCUACAAGGUGGAAGCAAUGUCUGUUCUGGAGAGUUGGAAGUGGAUGAUGACGAUGGGUUUUGGAAACCUGUAUGCCAAAGCCAAUACAAGCUGA